UAUAUUGGUAUCACUGCUAUAGGUUGCAACUAACCUCCAUUUCACGAGGUUAGAGAAGCAAUCAGAAGAAUUUAUAGUUAUAACAAAUUAAGGAAUAUCGAUAAUAUUUAUAAUGAUAUUCUCUUUGCGUAUGAUUGCUAGAAAUAGCAUUCAUCAAUUUCGUCAGUUUCACAAAUGUGUCGUUGUUUGUCAAUCAGAUGCAGCACAAGCUGUAUCAAAUAGACCAACAGAAAAUUUAACUAUUCCAGUACCAGAAGGUAUGGAUAAACCGGUUAGUGCAAAAUUGGAUCAGAUAGCUAAAGAUAUAAUAAGUCUCAAUCUUGUUGAAGUGAUGGAGCUAAGCAAUUUAUUAAAAAAACGACUAAAUUUACCUGAUGCUCCUGUGAUGCCUGUUGGAGGUUUUGCACUUGCACCGAAAGAUGAGGAAGCAGAAGCCCCGAAACAAGUAAAAAAUACAUUCACCGUUAAAUUGUUAAAAUUCGACGAGAAACAAAAAGUUCCUCUCAUUAAAGAAAUUAAAAAUAUACUACCCAAUACAAAUCUCGUACAGGCUAAGAAGUUUAUUGAAAGCCUACCGGUGGUUGUGAUGGCAGACAUUUCCAAAGACGAAGCAGAUAAACUUAAAGAAACUAUUAGUAAAGUAGGAGGAGAGGUUGAAAUUACGUAAUUUGGUAAUUUCAAGGAUUUUCAUUGGAGGAUUACAAACCUUCAUUAGUGUGAUUGCCGCAUUAGGAAUAGGGACCCUGUAGGAGGGACGCGCCAUGUACAUUGCUAGGCUGAAAAUGUGGGGGGACAGCUUCCGUUGCAUCGCGCAGCCAUGUUUAUCUUUAGUAUAUAUUAACGGCUGUGGUUAGUUGAAUCAUUCGCGCGCAAUCACGUGACUACACGAGUUCCUGUCCCCCAGCAAUGUACAUGGCGCGUCCCUCCUAUAGGGUCUUUAAUUAAGAAUUAGCAAAAGCGCCAUUCUGGUGUGCAAAAUUGGUACUACUUUUGAUAUUUAAUAUUAUUUGAAAGGUAUGUGGCGUCUCGCAUGUGGCGAUACGUGCCUAGUGUAUCGACGCGGCACACUGGCGCCCUUCCUCCCUAUGCGGGUACUAGACUAACUAAACCCAAGUUGAACGUAACGGUCGAAAUGUAAGUUAGUCCUAUAUAUGGCGUCCAAGAGUUUAGUUGUAUCUUGUUAAUAAAUUUAUAUAUUUUUGUUACUUUAA